AUUUUUAUCAUACACUUUAUUUUUUUAAAUAACUUCUUUAGUAAUUUAAUUUACUUACUAACUUACAUCAUUCCGAUAUGUCAACAUUAUUAAAAUAUCCGAAAUCAGUUUGGUAUAUAUUUGGAAAUGAAUUUUGCGAAAGAUUUAGUUUUCAUGGACUUAAAGCUAUAUUGGUUUUAUUUUUUACUACGAUUCAAGAAUAUGACCAUGAUACUUCUACGAUUUUAUUUCAUAUGUUUUUAGUCUGUGCAUACUUAUCACCAUUGUUUGGUGCUAUCAUUGCAGAUUCAUAUUGGGGAAAAUAUAAAACCAUUUAUAUCUUGUCUAUUGUACACGCAAUAGGAAAUAUCUUAGUGGCAGUUGCAUCUUUUGUCACUUCGAUCAGUUUAAAUUUCCAGAGAUUAUUUACAAUAAUUGGUUUACUUUUAACAUCAAUUGGAGCUGGUGGUAUAAAGCCAUGUGUCUCUUCUUUUGGUGGUGACCAAUUUGUAUUACCAGAUCAAGAGGAUUAUCUUCGAAAGUUUUUUUCUAUAUUUUACUUUACUAUCAAUGUUGGAUCAUUGUUAUCAACGUUCAUUACACCAGAAUUGAGGAAAUCAAUUCAGUGUUUUGAAAAAGAUUCAUGUUUUCCAUUAGCAUUUGGGAUUCCUGCUAUUCUAAUGUUGAUUUCAAUAGUGUUUUUUGUAAGUGGCAAGAAGCUGUACAAGAUCAAUAAACCCGUUACCAGUAUCAUUCCAAGUUCAAUUGGAUGCAUGUUUUAUGGCGUUAAAAAAAAAAUAACGGCUUCUUCAAAUGAAGUGCAAAGAAAAGAUUGGUUGGAAUAUGCAGAUAAUAAGUACAGUUUACAUCAAAUAUUCGAAUUGAGGUCAGCGUUAGACGUCAUGUAUUUGUUAAUUCCAAUACCAUUAUUAUACACACUUUUUGAUCAACAAGGUUCUCGUUGGAUACUGCAAGGGACACUAAUGAAUGGAAAAAUAGAUUUUUUAAAUUGGUCAAUUAAGCCUGAUCAAAUUCAUUUCAUUAAUCCGUUAUUUGUUAUGAUAUUUAUACCACUUUUUAAUUCUGUAGUCUAUCCAUUUUUGUAUAAAAUUGGUAUAAACACACCUUUAAAAAAAAUCACUCUAGGUGGCCUAUUUACUAUAUCGUCGUUUGUACUAUGUGCUGCUAUCAUACAGUAUAUAAUUAUUGGUCAGACUUUAAUAUUGCCGUCAAAUGAAGCUCAAUUAAAAAUAUAUAAUAAUUUUGAGUGCGAUAUAACCAUAUCCGGUUCUUUGAUCGGAAAUUUCAAAAUUGAACCAUUAGAUGUACUUCAUAUUAAUUAUAGUUUAGAAGAAUUCAAUAAAACUGAUAAUAUAUCUAUAGAAGUAAAUCCUACUUGCCAAUUAGAAACGGAUACUUUAAAACAACGCAUUUUCAUAGUCAGAAAAAGGGUUACUUCGUAUUUUUUAACAACUAAAAUUAAUGACGGUAUAGAAUUGAUAUAUUUAAACGAAUUAAAGAAAUUAAAGAGUGGAAAUUCAAAUCUCAGGAUUUCAUACGAUCAUAAUUUAUCGGGAAAAAUCAUGACAUUAAGGAGUACUAAUAAUAAAUUGUCUGUUAUAAAUUUUAAAUUGCCAUUCAACAAAAAUACAAACCAUGAAAUACCUGUCGGAACUUAUGAUAUAUACCUCGACGAUGAACAAAUUUUGCAAAAGGCAGAUUUACUACCGGCUAGUGUUAAUGACUUAAUAUUUCAUCAUAGUAUUAACCAUACGAACGCCAAAUUAAUUACUUUAGAAAAUGGAAAAUACAUACACAUUUUAUGGCAAGUUCCUCAAACGCUUUUAAUUACAGUAGGCGAAGUAAUGGUCGUGAUUACAUUAUUGGAGUUUACGUUCACCCAAGCUCCAUUAAGUAUGAAGUCUUUUAUAUCGGCAGCUAAUUUAUGUACUCAGGCAGUUGGAAAUUUACUUAUAGUUUUAAUAUCUAAGAUGCAAUUAUUUGAAAAUCAAGUUUAUGAAUAUAUGUUUUACGUAAUAUUAACAAUUUUAGGCUUAAUAUUAUUUAUGAUGAUGAGUGCGAAGUAUAACUAUAAAUGUGUAACAGUCCCAAGCCCGGAUCAAGAGCUUCAGCGGCCCAGGGGCCAAUAUAUUGUUGUGGGCCCCCAUAAAUAAAAAUAGUUCUUUAAAAUUAUACAAUUAAAUAAAUUUAAAAAUUUUUAUUUAAGUAUGAUAACGAUUG